AUGAAAAAAAUUAAUUUAUUUUAUUUAAAUUUAAUAAUUUUUAUUAUAUUUUUAAAUUUUAUUUAUGGAUCAUCAGAAAUUAGAUCAAAAAGAAUUCAAAUUCAACAGUCAAGUUUUCAUUUUUUAAGUGCAACUGGUUAUAGAGCAUCAUUAACUGAUCAAGAAUGGUGUGAAGAAUAUCAAGUUAAAACUGGUAGAGAUUAUUACUGGUCAGAUUUUAGAUCAAUGGCAAUUAAUUAUUUAGAUCUUUAUAUUGCAUUACAAUUUGAUGUUGAAUGUGAAGCACAAUUAAUUGAAUUUCGUAAAUUUUUCAUUGAAAAUAUUAAUCAACCUCCACCCUUUUCAAAAAAUUCUACAAUUUGGGAUACAACUUAUUUACAAUUGGCAUUGAAUGCAUUCACUUGUGGUUUUAAUGGUAGUAAAAUAGAGGAUUUUGAAUUUGUUUCAAGUGAUUUAAGAACAAAUUUCAACAGUGAACCAUUGAAACAAAAAGUUUGGUUUAUAAUUGGUGAUUAUAUUCAUAGUGAAUAUAAACAAAGAGAGAAUUCAAAUCGUAGAAUGGAUUAUGAUUCAGGUUUAUAUAUACCAUUUUUAGAUAAAUAUACUGGUACCGAUUAUACUGCAGAUCAACAAAUUAGAGCAGGUUAUCCAUCAUAUAUGGGCAGAAGUUUAUGGUUUAUUUUUCAUACUGUAGCUCAAAGAAUUUCAGAUUCUCAAUGUGAGAAUGAUAGUAAUUCAAAAGAGAUUUAUAAUCAACUCACUCAAAAGGUUAAAAACUUUAUUACAUCAUUCCUUUAUCAACAUCCAUGUCCAAUUUGUAGAGAACAUCAAAUCUCUAGAAUCUUUGUAAACGAUAGAUACGCAAAGGAUCCAAUCGAUAAUGAGGCAAUACGUUAUUAUCCAAUUGAACAUUUAUUAAUGGGUGGUAUUAGAGGUGAUACCUAUGGUAAACUUUCAACCUUAAUACCAACUGAUAAGAAAUCAAUCGCUGCUUUCUUUUGGAAACUUCAUAAUGCUAUCACUGCAUCAGUUGAUAAUGGUUGUCAAUGUUUCUCUGAAGAAUAUGAAGAUAAAUCUCCUUAUAAAUGUGUUUUCGAUUAUAAAUUACAAAUUCAACCACAAUUCCCAAGACAACAAAGAUUAUUCCCAUUUGGUAAAAGAUUUGAAUUCUUUUUAUCACCAGAUCAUAAUUAUACAUUAUUCGAUGAAAUUAGAUCACAAUUCAUUCCAAUGGUUACUGAAAUUAAUCAAUUGGAUAGUUUUGCUUUAAGAAAAGAGUUAUUCCAAUAUUGGAGCCAAGGUAUUUCAAUUAGUAAGAAAUCUCAAAAUACUAUUAAUCAAUUACUCUCUUUAAUUUCAAAUAUGACAACUCAAUUUAUGAAUUCAAAUGUUUUAUCAGCUUCUUAUAGUUAUCAAUCGGAUUUACCUUUACAAUGUAAUUUAAUCCUGGAAAAAUUGAAUGCCUCAACUCAUUCUCUUUCCACUCCAACAAUUAAAGAUGCUUUCCCUCCUUCAGUUUGUAAUCCUUAUUUACAACCAUCAGUAUGUGAUCAACAAUAUCUCUAUAGAUAUUUCACUCAACCACCUGUAACAUCACCUCCAAAAUCAACUAAAAAUGUUGAACCUAUUAAUUCAACAAUCGCUACUACCACAACAACAACUACAAAUAAUAAUAAUAACUCUUAUAUAUUAAAAAUUAAUUUUAUUUUAAUAUUAAUUUUAUCAUUAUUUUCAUUAAUUUAA